CCUGGCUGCCUGGGCGCACGCGAGCUCCACUCCCCGGGGAAGGCGAGAGAGGCGUCGGGCGCGGGGCUGGCCGCUUUCUCUAAACGCCGUUGCGGGGCCUUUUGCAACCGGCUUCCUCCCCUUUCACCACCACCCCACUUCCACCUUCGGGCCGAGUUCCUCCAGCCUGUAAUACUGGCUCCCCCAGCAGCCCACCGAGGGAGGUCCGUAUUCUCCCAAUAUGGCGGACGAAGACCUGAUAUUCCACAUGGAGUACCUGGACAACGCCUCGUUAACCAAACCAGGUUGUGGGAAUUGCCACGAGGCGGACAGCGACGAGGAGGAGAAUUACUACAUCUGCCCGAUUACAGAUGACCCUGUUUUGAACAAGGCAGCCAAGGACAAAGUUCAUAACUAUUACAGCAACCUGGUUAAAAAUGAGAGUUAUUCCACCAGCUCUUCUCCCAGAAAUUCCUUCCAUGUUAGGAAUGGGACUCAGCACCCCCCUAAGGGCAGCGCUCAGACUGACCAUGGACGGGAAGCAUGGAAGAAUGCAAUUGAGAAAGCUAAGCACAUGCCUGACCCCUGGGCGGAAUUUCACCUGGAAGAGAUCAAAAUGGAAAACGCCACCCGCUACAGGUACAAUGCCGUUACUGGAAAAUGGGUCGAAGACGAAGUCUUGAUCAAAAUGGCUGCGCAGCCUUUUGGCCGAGGAGCGAUGCGUGAAUGCUUCCGGACGAAAAAGCUGUCCAAUUUUCUGCACAUGCAGAAUUGGAAAGGGGCCUUUAAUUACGUGGCAAAGCGGUACAUCGAGACGGUCGACCGGGAAGUCUAUUUUGAGGAUGUGCGGCUGCAGAUGGAAGCCAAGUUAUGGGGAGAAGAAUAUAACCGCCAUAAACCUCCCAAGCAGGUAGAUAUUGUCCAGACCUGCAUAAUUGAAAUGAAGAAUAGACCGGGGCGACCUCUUUACCACCUGGAACAUUACAUCGAGGGGAAGUACAUCAAGUACAAUUCGAACUCGGGAUUCGUACGAGACGACAACAUCCGUCUGACCCCGCAGGCCUUCAGCCAUUUCACCUUUGAACGCUCCGGACACCAGCUGAUCAUCGUGGACAUCCAAGGGGUUGGAGACCUGUACACAGAUCCUCAGAUCCAUACUGAGAGCGGCACGGAUUUUGGAGAUGGGAAUCUCGGUGUGCGGGGGAUGGCCUUGUUCUUCCAUUCUCACUCCUGCAACCCGAUUUGUCAAAGUAUGGGGCUGAUGCCUUUUGAUCUCUCCUCCAAAGAGAAGGACGCCUUGUUUCGUAGUAGCAAACUACUUGAAUUGGCUCAGACUGUUGUGCGGGGCACGGAAGAGAAGUGUGGCAGUAGCCGGGCGCGAACCGUCUCCGGCAGCCGCCCCCCUCUCCUUUCCCGUCUUUCUGAAAACUCAGGGGACGAAAGCAUGAGCGACAUGGCGUUCGACUCCUUGCCCUCCUCACCGUCUUCAGCCACGCCUCACAGCCAAAAGAUGGAGGGUCUUCAUUGGCCUGUCUUCAAUGAAGUCGACAACUUGGUUCACAAAGACCACGAAGGCCUUGAUAAUCAGCGGGAUUCUGAAAAUGGAGGGGACAGUGGGUGCCCCAGUGAGAAAAGGAGUGAUCACGAAGACAUGGAUCACCGGGAAAAGGGCCAUCCUAACUGCAACCGGAGACACGAAUCUGAUGAAGACAGCUUGGGAAGUUCUGCUCGGGUAAAUAAAUCUGAUUUUCCCCCCAACUGGGUUUGCUUUGCACCAGAUGACCUGCUCACCAAAGCUGCUUAUUUUUCCCUGAUUUGCUGAAGAAUUCUUUCUCCGUGGUUUACGCCUCUUUCUUCUCCCUUCUUUGUUUAAUUCUUUCUCUUUCCAAAUUAGAGAAAUAGAGAGACCGCUAAACCGAGUUUCAGGAACCAAAGGGUGAUUUUCUGCAUGGAUUUUAUU